AUGGCUGCUGCUGCUGCGAAUGACACCAAUGUCUCGGCUGCCGGGACGGAGCCAAGAACACCGACGUCGACUCCGGCAUCAGGCUCAGCGUCUCCUGGUGUAGCACCCGCCCACCAGUGCAGACAAUGUCGCGCUUCCUUCUGCCAACCCCUCGGGUGCGGCCAUGUCUUUUGCGACGAGUGCGCCGGCCCUCAUCAUCAAUGCCCCGAGUGUAAUCGCCGCCCCGUUGUGUCUCCCAAGCCUUCUAUCGAAGUGAGUGCAAUCCUGCUACCGUUUGCAUUCUGUAUCGACAAUUUGCUAACUUUUGGAUUUUUUUCACUUUGGAAGAAACCCCCAAAGACCACGUAUCCCUCCGAAGACGGCCUUUUUGACCCUAUCUUCCAAAAGAGAAUCGACAGUCGAAUCCGUACAAUCUACUACGUCUCGCUCUGUUCUUUCUGGGCUUCUGUCCUCGUAGGCAUUCUUUGGAUUAUUGCUAUUAUUCUUGAAACGAGCAAACGGUCGGAUUAA